AUGCGUGAACUCGCGGGUAACAUCAUCCGCUUUUCCAAUAAUACUGCGGGCAUGGAAAAAAUCCUCAAGGGGCUUCUUGGCCUUCUCCUGAUCCCUGGAACGCCAACCUUCAAGUCUAUGUCAUCAAUCUCCCAUGGCGCUAGGUGUAAAGUCGACAAAGCAUCCAAAGAACUCGGUGUUGCCCGGAAAGUCGUCAAAUUUCUUUACGUUCUCGAUGCCGGCCUUAAAGCUCUUGAGGCGCGGAAGGGUGCUAAAGGUGGUCCAUUGAAAUGGUUCAUUGUUGGCAAAUGGGCGUGUGCAUUCGUAUACGCUGCAAGUGAAGCGCUGCAUACAAUGCGAGUUCUCAACGUCGUCAAAUCGAAAUGGGCCCACUCAGCCAACCGCAAGGGGAAUAAGUUCUAUUUCUUCUCAAUUGUCUUUUCCGUCCUCGCCUCCGCUUAUCAGCUGUACGAAAUCGCUAUAGCGGAACAUCAAUUGAGGAGGGAAAAAAGACGGGUUAAACACCAAAGGAUUGCUAUGGCGGCAACGGUCGGCGUCGCUACUCCAUACGCAGCACGUCUCCGUUAUAGUAGUAGUAGCGACUCAUCGAGCUUUUCUAGCAGUGAUUCUUCCAGUUCUUCAGAGGAUGAACGCCGUCGGCGUCACCAUCACCAUCACCGCCAUUCUCAAGGGACGCUACCAGCGGCAGCGUCACCGGUAUCGACUGGAUCGUCCGCAGCGUCUCCAACACUCAAUCCCGCUGUUCUUGCCGCCGAAGCCCGUCUCGCUAACGCCGCCGAAUGGGAGCGUAAGAAACUUUUCAUCGAUGCAGCUAGAACUUCUGGAACGCGCAAUGAAGAUAAACCCAAAACCGGUGCUAUCGUCACCCAACUUUUGGCUGAUGUCUGCGACCUUGCCAUCCCUGCUAGUAAAGUCGGGUGGUACAAGAACAAGGAAGCCAUCAGUUUGGCAUACCUCCUUAGCAGUGUAUUGGCAGGUAGCGUCAUCUGGGGUAGAGUCAACGCUAAAGCUACCGCACAUGAGAGUAAAGGAAGUCACCCAGGGAUCAAGAUGGUGCGGAAAGAUGAGUUCGAUGUCAAGCUUAGCGAAGAGGAUAGGAGGAGAUACGAGCUUAGAAUCGAGGAAGAAAGGCGAAAGCACAGUGGUCAUAGUACUAGCCAAUUGGCUACAGCGGCUGGCGUCGGACUCGCGGCUGGAUUAACAGCCGGUGCCAUCCAUGAACGCAAGAGUGCCAAGUCAAAGUAUGAAGCCAGCUCCAGCUCCACAUACCAUGAGGAAUCGAGAAAAUCUAGUGGACGAUCAAAAUCCGAAACCGGGUAUGAUAUCGUUCAUCAUGAGGAUGAUAGGAGGAGAAGCAGUAGCCAGGGAGGCCACGGCCAUAUGGCUGCCGCUGCUGGUGUUGGACUUGCUGCUGGACUCGCGGCUGGUGCGAUCGCUGGAAAUAGCAGCAGCUCUCAUUCCGGACGGUCAAAGUCUGAAGCUGGACUCGUAAGCUCGACGCACCUUGAGGAGGAAAGGAGGAGAAAGAGUACUGGAAGUGGAAAUGUUGCGGCUGCCGUUGGAGCAGGAGCUGCGGCCGGUUAUGUAGCCAGCACUGCUGCGGAGGGUAGCAGCAACUCAAGAAUCGACUACUCUCACCAAUCUCAAUCCGAAUUCUCGAGCUCAACACGUAUCGAUGAAGAGAGAAAGAAGCAGAAUUCUAGCUACAGCCAAGGAAGUGUAGCUGCAACAGCAGGCCUUGCCGCUGGUGCUGGACUCGCUGCUGGUUACGCAGCCGGUGCUAUCGCCGAGGGCAGCGCUAGCUCGAAUUUUGGUUAUUCCCAUCAAUCGCAAUCUGAAUUCUCGAGCUCCACACACCUCAACGAGUCUAGUAGCUAUACUCAGGGAAGCGGCAACUAUGCGCAAGGAGAUAGCAUUUACACACAAGGCAGCAGCUACGGUCAACAAUAUGCUGGCUACGGGCAAGGAAACAACAGCUACGGCCAGGGUUAUGUAGCUGGAGCUGUCGGAGCUGGUGUUGGAGCCGGAUUAGCCACUAAAGCUGCGGGCUGUUCAGAAACAGAUGCAGGACGUUCCCAUAGUGUUGCCGGUAGAAUAGAAGACUCCUCUUACCAACGUGAAUUAGAACAGCAGCGAGAAAUGGACCUAGAGCGCUCCAGUCGCGCCGCCAGUACCGCCGACGUCAGCACCAUCGUCGAUGUCGAUGUAACCGCCUCGAUGACCGAAGCCGCCGCGACUUCCAUCGCGAAUAAAUCCAAGAAAAGAACCGGAUACGGCGGCUGGUCCUACGAUGAAGAUAAUGGCGCCGGCGGACUGAACGAAACCCACUGGGGCCAAAAUGGUCUGACUAGAACUAAUAGUAUGCCAGCAGAGGUAAAGAACCCCGGCGUCCUUGAAGGAAGGACGGGAGAAAUUAUCAGAACUUUGGGAAUCGUUACUAAUAGUGACUCGCCACAGGAGGACGAGCAUGAAUUGAGAGCGAGGAUCCAGGGGGCGAAGGAUGUAAGUGAUAUGGAUGUCAGUGCUGGCGGGACAGGACAGUUGAAGCCUUAUUCGACGCUUACAUACGCGAAGGUGGCGAAGGAUGGCGAUAAGGACGGAGCUACUGUGGAUAUUUAG